AGCUGUAACCAUUUUACAUUAUAACUCUUGUUUGAAGGAAAACAUUCGUUUGUGGGUAUAACUAAUUGUUAUUAAAAUGACUCGCCAUGCACGAAAUUGCACUGCCGGCGCCGUUUACACCUAUAAUGAAAAAAAAAGAGAUGCGACUGAGUCAGGAUACGGCACAAAUGCUCAGCGGCUCGGAAAGGAUUCAAUAAAGUCUUUUGAUUGCUGCUCACUUACUCUGCAGCCCUGCAGAAACCCAGUGGUGACCAAGCAGGGUUAUCUUUUUGACAAAGAAGCCAUUUUACAGUACAUCAUAACGAAAAAAAACGAGUACCACCGCAAACUUAAGGAGUAUGAGCGCCUUCGAAGAGCGAAGGAGAAUGAACUGGCACAACAAGCGGAUAGCAAACAGCGUGAACGCAUGGACGAAUUCGUAAAAGCAGAUAAACCUACUACUUUAUCAAAAAAACAUAAACUUACACAUAAUGCGACGACAGUGGUAGAAGCAGCUGGAAGCUCUAUUUCAAACAUGUCUAAUGGUCAUGAAAAAAAACUUCCCAGCUUCUGGCUUCCUUCGGAGUGCCCAAAUGCCGGCGCUGCCAUGGCAAAAAUGCCAGAUGCUACAAUAUUCUGUCCAGUAUCACAACAGCCCCUAAAGUCAAAGGACCUAAUUGAUGUUAAAUUUACGCUACUUAAAGAUGGCGACACCAAGCGAUCUCUUAUAGCUAAGGAUGCACGGUUUAUGUGCCCUAUCACUCACGAUGUGCUCAGCAAUGCAGUACCGUGUGCAGUACUAAGACCAACAGGUGAUGUGGUAACCAUGGAAUGCGUAGAAAAGCUUAUUAAAAAGGAUAUGAUACACCCCUUGACAAAUUGCAAGCUAAAGGAAAGGGAUAUAAUACCACUACAGCGUGGUGGUACAGGCUAUGCUAUUACCAAUGACCGCUUGGAAGGCAAGGAAAAACGGCCAAUGCUCCAAGUUUAAAGGCAUUCUAUGUUUUAUAUUUUCUUAUGACACCAUGUCGAUAUCACCAGCUAACAGGUGUUUCCCGUCGUCGCCGUUUUCAUAUUUAACUGAUUUCCAGACAAAAUGGCUGCCGAGUCCUACCACGUAUUUAUUUACUUUUCAAUUUUGCAGUAGAAAUUUACCUUUGGUCAGAACAACUUCAUACUGAUUGUGCGGCUUAAGCCGGUAACUUGCCGGUAUGGCAAAAUCAAAUGGUUCACAACAAUUUUACUUAAAAAAGAAAGACUUGUAUCUUUCUAUGCACGAUUUAUUGGCUCAAAAAUAAAAACACGUUCGCACAGUUCAACUUCAA